AUGACUUUCUUUUCCCGUUCUGUUAUUAUCGAGCACGAUGGAGUGACUAAAAUCUACUUACGUAAGUAUGCGAACCAAUUUCAUCAGCGUUACGCAACGAGUCGACGAACAUUUCAUCAUUCAUUUUAUUUACAUAAAUCUUCAACUAUGAGUUCAAGCAUUGAUGAUGUACCAAUUCUCAACAUUGAAACAACAAAUAAUGUAAUAAAUCGUGAUACAGUUCUUAUUCCAUCAAUUUCAUUAUUUCGUCCAACAAAUGUUCUUCGUAUAUUCGUAUUCAUUGAAUUUCUUUAUGUAACGAUAAUUUGGUUGAUAGAGGGUCAGACUCAUUCACUCAUUGAUGAUAUUAUUCAUUUUCAUCUGCCGACAUCUCUAUUUGAUAUUGUGAUAAUCUCAACAAUAAAAUUAAUUGCAGUAGUUGUUCUUCUGACUGAAUUUGAACGAUUCAUUAUCCAUAAUCUCUAUCAGCCAAUCAUUCGUCGAUCAUUCGUUUCUUAUAAAAUUCUAUUCUUGAUCGUUUUGUUGUCAAUAAUUAUUUCUUCAUUAGCUUUUGGUAUAUGCAAACUAACAAUUGUUCUUCGCCACGAUUCCUUAAAUAAACUUUCCAUGUCCGUAUUGUAUGUCGUUGUAGUUCUAUCUGCAUCGGAAUCAUUUACUAUGCUAUGGUUAUAUUUUUAUGUCAAACAAAUGAAAUUAAUUGCUCGACAACCAUUACAUUUACAAAAGAAGGAAAAUAAUCCUCGACGAAUGUUUUCUUUAGUUCAAUCGGAAAAACCGUGGCUUCUCGUUGCAAUUGUCUUUUUGCUUAUUGAUAGUGUUAUUGACGCUGUUGAUCUUUUACUCUAUGGUCGAAUUAUUGGUCUAGCAGUAGUAGAACAAGAAUCUAUGCAUUCAGUAAAUACCAUAGUAGGGAUUGCAUUUUGUCUUAAUCUUAUCAAUUCAACAAUUAGUGUUCUCGAAUCAUGGAUGUUCGAGUUAGUUGGACAAAAAAUGGUUCUACGAUUUCGAAAAAACGUUUUUAAUGCUAUUAUAAAGCAGGAUAUUAGUUUUUUUGAUGAAAAUCGCACUGGUGAAUUAACAAGUCGACUGUCUAGUGACAUUCAAGUAGUACAAGACAGUAUGACGGGACAUUUAGCUUCACUUAUACAAAGUUUAAUUCAUAUUGUUGGUAGUCUAAUCGUCAUGUUCUAUUUGAAUUUUACAUUGACGUUAGUGUUGGUCGUUAUUGUUCCAAUCGUUGUUCUAAUUGUAUUAAAAUUUGGAAAUAUUGUUGAAAACUUAAGAAAAAAGUUUCAAGAUCAACUUGCGAUAACCAAUAAUAUUGCUGAUGAAUCGUUCGUUAAUAUUCGAACUGUUCGAAUAUUCGGAGCUGAAAAUAAGAUUCAAAGGAAGUAUAAAGAAAGCUUAACAGAAUCAUUAACGAUUGGAAAAAAAUUAGCGUUAAUAGAUGGCAUUUUCUCAGGAGUUCUACAAGUUUCAAUAGCUGUUGCUCUAUCGGCGAUUUUAUGGUAUGGAGCAAAACAACUUCAUGAUAAGAAAUUAUCCGCUGGCGUUCUGGCGUCUUUUCUCUUGUAUAUGCUACAAUUGGCUUUCGCUUUUGCAUCGAUUGCUGAAUUUUUUACUGAAUUUAUGAAAGCAGUUGGUGCUAGUAAACGUUUAUUUGAAUUAAUUGACCGUGAACCAUCAAUUCCAACUACAACUCAUUCGAAUUGUUCAAUAAAACCGAUAGAUUAUGACGGAAGUGUACGAUUUGAUCAUGUCUGUUUCACAUAUCCAAGUCGACCGGAACAACAGGUUCUCACUGAUAUAUCAUUUGUAAUUGAACCUGGUAAAAAAGUUGCAUUGAUUGGGCCUUCGGGAUGUGGAAAAAGUACUAUUGCAUCGCUUAUCGAACGCUUUUAUGAUCCACAAUCGGGUGAAAUUUAUCUUGGUAGAGAUGUACUUUCAUCAAUUGAUCCACAAUGGCUUCGAGAGAAUGUUUCAUUUGUGAAUCAAGAGCCAAUAUUAUUUGCUUGUUCAAUUCUAGGUAAUAUUACUUUCGGAUUAGAUAGAAAUCAAGUGUCUUUCGAUGAUGUCGUACGUGCUGCAAAACAAGCUAAUGCUCAUCAAUUUAUUGAACGAUUAGAACAUCAAUAUGAUACAUUAGUUGGUGAACGCGGUGUUGGUUUGUCAACUGGACAAAAGCAACGUAUAGCAAUUGCGCGAUCACUGUUGAUCAAUCCGAAAUUGUUAUUACUUGAUGAAGCUACAAGUGCACUCGAUGCUGAAAGUGAACAUUUAAUAUGCGAAGCGAUUGAACGAGCAAUGAUCAAUAGAAGUGUAUUGAUUAUUGCACAUCGUCUAUCAACUGUAAUCAAUGCAGAUUUAAUUAUUGUUAUUGAUCAAGGAAAAAUUGUUGAACGAGGUACGCAUCAAUUUCUGAUAAACAAUGAACAUGGAUUAUAUAAACAAUUACUUCUUAGACAAAUGCCACUACAAACACUGAGAACAUUUCGAGAAACAGCCUGUGCAUUUUAUUUAACUUCCAUUUCGGUGGCAAAUAUCAUUGAAUUACUUGCAGCAUUAUUUGUACGAAUUCUGAGCGAAGGAUUUGCUUUCGAUAUCAGACAAAUCCCCUUUAUUUGUAAAAUACAAGUUUACAUUGCAGCAUGGUGUUCGUUUGUAUCAUUUACACAUUUAUGUUUAGCGACAAUCGAUCAGUUCUUAUCAAUGAGUAAAUACAGACGAUUUAGUAACUUGCGAGUUGCUCGAUUAAGUGUAUCUCUUACUUGGGUCUUUUGGACUUUGUAUUCCAUUCCUAUUUUAAUCUAUUGGGAUGUAUCUUCGAAUGUAUGCAAGAUUGUUAGUCCAACUUUCGCUAUCUAUGCCACUUAUUUUCAAUUUUUAAUUCUCUAUGGAGUGGCGCCUAUCACUAUCAUGAGUACAUUUUCUAUAUUAGCCUUUUAUAAUGCUCGGACAGUGAUUAGUCGACGAAUGAAUAUUGUACGCUUAAGUCAUGAUCGACAAUUAACAGCAAUGACACUCAUUCAUGUUACAUAUGUUAUUAUUACUAUAUUACCUUAUGUGAUCUAUUUUGUUUAUUCGGUGAAUCUAACUGGUCUAAAUGCUGAACAAACAGCACGUAAUCGCUUUAUUUAUGAUAUUACAAUUUUGAUUUAUUAUUCAAGUUUUGCCGGUUCUUUCUACAUUUAUUCUUGUGUUUCACAGCGAUUUCGAAAACAAUUCGCCUUUGUUUGUACAAAUAUGUUUCAACAGCGAAUUGAUAACCAAGUUGCGCCAGCCAAUGAAUAA